AUGCACUGGUACAACCUGCCGGCCGUCCUCAUGGCUCUCAGCGUGAGUUCAUCGACGACACUCUCCAUCAGCGGUCUCCUUGAGAACAACUUGUCGAUCGGGCAAGCAACGAAACGUCUCACAGCACAUCUCCUGGUUAUCGUCGGCAUUGCUUUGUUGGUCCUUGGAGACUUCCGUCUGACCAACGUGUCGGUGAUCAUGCUUCUGCUUUGCGUGGCACUCUCCAAGCUGACGCAUGUCCUUUAUGUUCGCCUCGAGAAGAACGAAAGACAAACGCGCCUCACCGAGUGGCCGAACCGAGCAUGGUCUGCUUGGCUGGCAAGGUUCGAUUUGUCAACGCUGGUCCUGCUGUGCGCUCUUCCAUCAGCUCUCUUCUGGUGCCAUUUCCGCGAACAGCAGUUCUCAAGCCCGCAGGUCAAGACGUACAGUUACUGGACAUCCGACAUCGCGACGUUGGUCCUGAAUAUUGUUUCAUCCAGCUUCGCCCUGAACAGCGCAGGACCGAUUUUCGCAUGGGAUCUCAACACGAAAGAAAACGCAGAUACAGAGCGCUCGGUUGCAGAUGUCGGGGGCCGAAACAUCAUGUCAAAGGCUCUCGUAUGGCUCGUCUUUGCGGGAAGCAUGUACGGGCCAUUGACGACGCCCGUACUCUCUUCGUGGCAAUGGCUCGGUUUCUGCCUUGAAUCUACAGCGUACCUGUUGCUCCAAGAUUGGAGAAAGGUCCCUGCCGCUCCGUCCGACAACCGCUUGCACAGAAUGGUCGGGCCGUUCAGGACGAAAGCUGCGCAGCUUGACGAAGAGCGUCUUGACUACGAGCCUUUGGUCGAAGACAGCAACGUUGGCGAUGAGAGGUCACAUGGCAACUCUCUCCUUCGACUCGCGAUACUUGUUGGAAUUCCAGCUGCAAUGUGUGGCCUCGUCUACCACAGCCUUGUCCUACCUUCACCGCCGCAGCAAUCGCCCCGGUCGACUCUAGACUUCCAAUACCAUGGAAAGGCUGCGCUCGAUAUUGUCGUUGCUCGGUACGACGAAACUGCUUCAGAUGUCGCUGCGCACAUUCAGCUACUCAUGGGCGUACCCACCAUAAAAGGACUACAGCCUACCAUCCAGAUCUACGACAAAGGCGAAGCCUCAUCAGCAUUCGAGCAAGAGCUGGAGGACAUCCUAUCCUUAGGACCGCAGCAACCAGACGUCAUCGCGAACACCCUCCCAAACGUCGGCCGCGAAACCGACACCUACCUCCACCACAUCAAAACCAACUGGGACACCCUUGCCAACUACACAAUGUUCAUGCAAGCGGACGCGCACUACUGGGCCUCAGAAUACACCCGCCGUAUCCAAGACUACUUCGUCCCGCAAACCGGUUUCCUCUCGCUAGGCAAAGUCGGCGGCUUCUGCUCAUCCUGCGACCGCUGUCACGACAGAGACUGGACCGAGGAGGCCUAUAUGCUCAAAGACCUCUACGGCGACUUCAACAACGCCAACGAGUGCAAAGACAUCCUCCUCACCUACCGGGGCCAAUUCAUCGCCUCUGCCGCUCGACUGCGAGGGAACGAGAAGGAGACGUACGAGAAAUGGCUGAACAUGCUGCGAGAUGAGCAGAGUAUCGUGCAUACAGCUCCGUAUACCGAAAGUGACACGAGUCGGAAGGAAGAUGAGAUGUCUGCGCCGCAGAUCGGUUUUACGCUCGAGAGGAGCUGGGGCAUGAUGUUGCAGUGUAGUGAGAAGAGGAUUGCGGAGCGGUGUCCGUCUUUGUUGAGUGGGUUGGUCGGGCCAGGGGUUUUGGGGGAGGGGGUGAGGGUUGGGGAUUGUCAGUGUUUGGACGACUUGCCUUGA